AUCCGUAUCAAUAGCUUACCUGGUAAAAUACUGCCUUUUUGUUGUUGAUUUAUAUUAUACAUUGUAUUCAUUUGGCAGAAUAAAUCAUCUUUAAUUGAGAAAUGCUCAAACCUGUGUGUUGUCAAAUAUCACUAUGACUUUAAAACUCUAGUUCUUGGGUUAAACUGUAUGCAAGUCAGACAAAAUUGCACUCUGAUUGAACCUAUCCACCAUAGCAUUCUGUGUGUGGACAACUUAAUAUAGAAAUUAGAUAUAGUAUGCUAUUACUUUAUCAUACAGUUACAAAAGCAUACAGAUAGCAUUUAAGUCAUUGCUUAUAGAAUAACUAAUCAGGAGCAAAGUCUGGCCUAAAUUCCCCCAUGCAGCUUUGAUGUGUCUAAAAGCUAACAUUACAGUAACUUUUAUUUAACAGAGUAGAAAUGGAAGAGGAGGAUAUGUCUGUCAUGUUUUACUUGUUAACAUCUUGGUUUCUUGACUGGUUGUUGACAUAAUUGUAGCUCAGAUGUGUGUGCAAAAAUUUUGCAAACACAAGUUACAAAUACUCUGUGGGCUGAGCCCCCCCCUGUCUUCCAAUAGUGACGUCCCUGGUCCAGCCUCUGGAUGUAAACUCUUCAGUGCUAACGUUAUUCCCACAAAAACUGGAAUAAGUUACAUCUUUACGGGGACAGCCCACCUCCGCCUUGCAAAAUUCUGAGACAGAAAAAUAGUAAACCAGUGGACAGAAAGAAGACAAAAGACCACAAGCAAAAAUCUGCCAGAAAAGGGCUUUACAAAAUCUAGCAGAAAAAUGGAUCCCAGUAAGUCUUCAAAUGUGCCUCAAUCCAAUUCAUCAGAGAAGCAGCCCGCACCACCACCACACCAGGUCAACCCAGGAUACCCUAACCCUGCAUAUUCUCCGAACCCUUCUGGAUAUCCUGCACCUUCAGGUGGUCAGCCAUAUGGGCAGGCCCCUUAUCCAGGAAAGCCUCCUAUCACUGUAGAGCCGACUGUUUAUGUGGCCCCCACUCCUCUGGCCCAUCCACUGCCAGAUUACCUGUGUUACUCCAUUUUUAACAUGAUUUGCAGCUGUUUACCUCUGGGCAUUGCUGCUCUGGUUUACUCCAUCUCUACUCGAAACGCCAACAUAUCUGGACUUCAACAAAUAGCAGAAAAAAACUCCAGAAUAGCGCGCAUCCUUAACCACUCUGCUCUUGGUAUCGGCCUCACCAUCCUUGUGUUGUACAUCAUCUACAUCGUCGUCUAUCUUCAAAAUCAUGCUGGGCCAUAGAGGGCCACAGUGUGAGAUUUCCAAAUAUUAAUACCAUAUACAAAGUUACAAAUAUAAUUUUAUAAACACGUUUGAUAUUCUGCCUUUAAAUGUGUAAUGUAUACAGCUUUUUUACGCUUAACAUUAAUUGGUUCAGUUGAUGGGGCAUUAAGAAAUGAUUAAGCAUGUUUAUUCAGACUGACCAACUUAUGUCCAGGCUUUUAUUAUACACUGAAUUUAAACAAAUGCUUUGAAUGUUUCAUUUUUUAUAAGCUUUGUGGUAAAAGUAUCAUAACAGAGACAUUUGUUGUUUUUAAAUACAUAUUGAAUUAAUACUUCAGGUGACCAAAAUGUAAAUGCAUUUGCCAUUCACAGUAAAUUCUCACUGAAUAUAACCACAUAGCUGGUUUGUUUUAUAGUCUCCUGUUAUACUAUCCUGUCCCAAAAAAUAUAUCCUAGAAUUCUGUAUAGAUCAAUUCAUAUAUCCUUAUUCAUAUCUGAGAUCAUCCUCAUAAUGUCCUUUAAAGAAAAUAAAAAUAUAUAUGGAAAUCAUCA